UAUCCUAUUAAUCACUAUAAAAAUCAUUAAAAAGGAGAUUUAUCCUUUUUCAUGAGCUCUAAUGGAAUUUAAAAUAUAACUAAAAAUUUUUUAAAAUAAAUAUGGCUACUUCAAAUGAUGAAAAGAUAGAAGCAAUAAAAUUUGCUAAAGAAUAUCAUCAAAAUUAUUAUGAACUUCUUCCUGAUUGGUUUCAAUAUGAUUUUGAAAAUUAUGAACUUAUAAGACAUAAAAUUGGAUAUGCUUUAUUUGGUCUUCCUAAAAUAGAUAUAGACACUGACAUUUCAAAUAUUUCUAUAAGUACAAAUGAUAAUAAUCAAUCAGAUUAUAUAUUUAAAAAAAUAAUAUAUGACAAAACAAUGUGCAAAGUUAUAAAUACAAUAUAUGAGAAGAUAAUAAAAUAUGGAAAAGACAACAAUAAUAGUUCUAUAUAUAUUGGAAUUAUAUUUAAUAUAAUAUUUUUACAAACAAAAGUUUCACAGAAAUCUAAUGAAAAAGAUAAUAUAUCAAGUAAAGAGAAUAAUAACAUAUGUGUUUUACCAAUAUUUAAAUUAAAAACAUUACAAUAUGGUACAUGGUAUAUUGAUAAUGAGGGCAGAAUUUAUAAAACUUGGAAAGAUUACAUAUCAAACAAUACAUUACCUCCGUGUACUAUGAUUUUACCAAAAAAUGGUUUAUAUCAAUGUAAUCCAAAUUAUAAAGUAACAGAAUAUUUUUCAAGUGUAUGGAUUGAAAUAUUAGAUUCUCCUGCUUGUACUUUUAAAAAUAAAGUUCUUAAGGGCGUUGAUGUUGCUGUAAAUGCAAUGUCCAUAGUUACUAGUAUCGGACUUAGUGCUGCUAGCUUUUUAACACCUAUUGGACCAACUAUUCUUACUGCAGGUAUAAUUCAUGGUGGAAUUUGUGGAACAUGGAUUAUUGCUAGAAAUUCACAAAAAUUAAUAGAUCUUGCUACACAUAAACAAUCCAUCAAUCCUAUAAAUAAAAAUGCAUUCUCUGCUUGGUUUGAAGUAAGUAGUACAGCUUUAACAUUAGGAGCAAAUAGUGGAAGUAUGCUUAUCUCAAAAGCUCUUUCAAGAGGCUGUACUAUAAGUGCUGCAGCUAAAGUAGCUUAUAAUUCUGUGAUAUUGAGCAAUUUAACUGUGAAUGGUGCUGGUAUAAUUUACCAGGGAUAUCGUUUAAUUGAAAAAUAUCAGAUGGAAAAAAAUGUUGAUUUUUUGGAUAUAGCUAUCUUUACUUCACAAAUUUUAUUCUUUAGUAAUGUUUUAAUAAAAACCAAAUUAGCUAGUGAACUCAUAAUAUCAUCUAAAGGUACUAUUCUUGAAAGACUCAAAAAUGUUUUACGAGUUAAUCGUUUAAAACAGGAAUUUAAUAAAAUAAAUGCAUACAGUACUAAAGACAUGCAAAAUAAAUCUGAAAGUAUUAUAUAUAAGAUAAAAGAAUUUGCUAACAAAGAAGAUUUCUUAAAUAGUUUAAGUAAAAUGAAUUGGAACAAUAAAUUUUCAAUAAAAUAUCAGAAUGGCAAUAUUGUUAUAAAUAAUAAAAUAUUUAUACAUCCUAUUCAGUUUACGACUCACUUAUUGACGAUUGGUGCAGUCGCAUUUAAUUUAAUAGAUCCACAUUCAUCGAUAGUAUCUAAGGAAAGAAAUUAUAUAAUGAUUAAUUUAAAAAUUCUAAUAAAACAAUUGUUAAAAAAUUUUUAUGUAGAAAAACAAUAUUCAGAUGAAAUAAUUCCCGAUGUUAAUUAUUUUAACGAAAUAUUACAAGAAAUAAAAUACAUGGAUAACCCGGUUGAUGUAUUAACUAAGUGUUUCAAAAUUGCUGUAACUAUAGUAGAACAUUGCAAUGAUCCCCGGCAAUUCUUAUGUGAUGCUGUUUAUUCUUAUGGACAUAUUGUAAAGGAAUUUAAAAGAAUAUGGUAUAAACACCAAUACUACUUCUAAGAACAAAAUAUUUAAUGAAUUAGCAAGAAUUGUUAUGUUUUUAUAUGAAUGUAUUGAGGUAAUAGCCAAUGAAUUAUUUUCAGCUUUUUAUGCGUAUAUAUCAACCACAAAACCCGAAAUUAAUAAUUAAAAUAGUCAUGUUAAGUGAUAAUUAGAUGCAGAUAUAUGCAUAUAUAUAUGCAUCUAUACAAAAUUUAAAUAUAUAAAAAUCUAUAGAAUACAUAUUACAU